UCUCUGCACAAAAACCUAUUCUUCUCAGCUGUUGCACUUGAGCUUUCCGCACUUAAGUUCUGUUCAGCGAGAAAUCUUUUCAUCUCCUUUCCAAUUUGUUGCGUGAUGUUCGCUUCGCAUAGACCUCGUGUUUUUCGUUCGCGUCUCGGGUGUUGCAUUUGCGGCGCAAAGUCUUCGAGCUCAAGAUUCACGUCUUCGUCAAAAUACGAGUUGUUGUUUAGAGGUUGCUUUCAAUUGAAUGAGGAGAGGCAAGGAGAGAUCUGCAAUGCCUGUGUACUUCUGGUCAAACGGUGGAAGAAACUGCCCUCUGGAAGUGCGAAGAAUUGGAAACAUGUCGUAGACAGUAAAGCAACAGUGAAAAGAACUACGAAGCCAAGGAGAAGUUCGAGAAAUUCUAUGACUGUGGAAAACGGAAACGAACUAACUUCCACGAUGAACGGUUCAAGAGCAACAAGUGGUCGCAGCGCGAGUUGCGGUGGACAAGAAACUCGAGAUGAUGAUGAAAUUGAAACAGAUAGUGGGGAGAUGUCACCCACGUUGAUGUGUGGCUCACCAAGUCCCAGUCCCAGUGAUGUGUCUGAUGAUUUGUCAUCAGGUUCAAUGACCACCUCUUCAAAACAAGUGCGUCAAGUGUCAACAGCUUCACAAACAUCCUUUCUGUUCCCAUCCCUUACCUCUUCAGCAAAUAAUAAGCUGCCAUUCAUUGACCUGUCAAUGUGGCGACGUGAAGAAAUCUGCUGUGGCACCAUAUUCAGAGGGCCUCAUGGUGAGGUCCUUGUAGACCCUAAGCUUCUGAACCCUGUGUGUACAUGCUCUUGUAGUGCCAGGCCCCCUGUACAUGUUGCCGAAACAAAGAGUGUUAACUAGAAAUUGUAUAGUGCUCUGGCCUGAAAAGAUCAGUUAAAGAUUUGCUUCCAAUUAUGUUUCUGACAGAGUUUUUAGCACAUGUUCACAUGACAUUGCAUAAAUGAAUCUUGCAAAUUUCAAUCUGUCUUAUCAAAAUAUAAUUUGGUACAACAUAUACCAUAGUUUCCAAGUCCUUAAAACUCAGAGCCAAAAUGAACAUAUGUUCAUGACAUCAUCACAUACAUGUACUGCAAUUAUGAUGGUAAGACUUGAAAUAAUUGAUAUCUUCAAUAGCCUUCAAAUGAGUCCAGUAUCAUCAUUUCCAA